CUCUUUGAAGAGUUUAAAUUUUUUUGUGUUUUGCUUGUUUCAAUAAGUGAAGAAAAAUGGGACAAAAGCUCCACGCUCUUAUGUUCCCAUGGUUCGCUUUUGGUCACUUUACUCCAUACUUGCAUCUAGCCAACAAGUUAGCUGAGAAAGGUCACAGGGUUACUUUCUUGCUGCCUACGAAAGCUAAAAAACAAUUAGAACCUCUUAACCUGUUCCCAGACAGCAUCGUCUUACAUCCUAUUACCAUUCCUCAUGUUGAUGGUCUUCCUGCUGGCGCCGAGACUCCCUCGGACAUCCCCAUCACGUUGUGGAAGUUCUUGAUCGUAGCCAUAGAUCGUACACGCGAUCAAGUCGAAGUCGCGGUUCGUGCUUCGAGACCGGACCUGAUCUUGUUCGAUUAUGCUUACUGGGUUCCAGAAGUGGCAAAGGAGCAUGGAGUAAAGAGUAUGAUGUACAACGUGAUAUCAGCAACAUGUAUAGCUCAUGACCUUGUCCCUGGUGGUGGAUUCGGAGUUCCUCCACCUGGCUAUCCUUCAUAUAAGUUGUUGUUCCGCGCACAUGAUGCUCACGCCAUGUCGUCAUUCUCUGUUUACUACAAGAGGUUUUACGAUCGGUUUACCACAAGUCUUACGAAUUGUGAUUUCAUUUCGGUUAGGACGUGUGAAGAAAUUGAAGGUAUGUUUUGCGACUAUAUAGGGAGUCAGUACAAGAAGAAUGUUCUCUUGACGGGUCCAAUGCUUCCUGAGCUAGACAGAAGUCAACCACUUGAAGACAAAUGGAAUCAUUGGUUGAGCUGGUUUGGACCAGGAUCUGUAGUGUAUUGUGCACUUGGCAGCCAAAUCACUCUGGAGAACGACCAAUUCCAAGAGCUAUGCUUAGGAAUGGAGCUCACUGGUUUGCCGUUUUUUGUAGCGCUAACGCCACCAAGAGGUGCAAAGACUAUUCAAGAAGCCUUACCAGAAGGAUUCGAGGAGAGGGUAAAAGGUCGUGGAGUAGUUUGGGGAGAAUGGGUGCAGCAACCGUUGAUAUUGGCUCAUCCAUCAGUAGGCUGCUUUGUGAGCCAUUGUGGAUUCGGUUCGAUGUGGGAGUCUCUAAUGAGUGAUUGCCAGAUAGUCUUGAUUCCAUAUUUGGCUGAUCAAGUUCUCAACACGAGAUUGUUGACUGAUGAACUCGAGGUUGCGGUUGAAGUGCAAAGAGAAGAAACAGGAUGGUUCUCCAAGGAGAAUUUGAGUGUUGCGGUCAACUCUGUGAUGGACAAAGAUAGUGAGAUUGGGAGUCAGGUGAGGAAGAACCACUCCAAGUUGAAAGAGCUUGUGGUUAGUCCUGGAUUAUUAACCGGUUACACUGAUAAAUUUGUUGAGACUUUGGAGAACCUACUCAAGGUACAAAACUUCAAUGAGUUACUUUAGCUUGAGAAGAAGUACGUAGCAGUUGUUUCAAAUAAUGCAAUAAUAUUCUUAAACCAUGCAACGGAGCGGUUGUCUUUGCUCAUUUUUGGUUUUUAUAAAAUUUAUUUACUCAUUUGUGGUAUGCUUUUUCCAUUACUUUUAUAAGAACAUUAAACAAAUUUCCGUAACAAAAAGAGUUGACUUUGAAAGUACAUUAAAAAUUAAACAAAAUUAUAAGCCGCAAGUUAAAUACAUUUCUAGCUUUAUGAUUUUUUUUUCUUGAGAAAUAUUUAUAGCGUUAUGUUCUUUUUUACACCGUUAUGUUCAAAAAAACAUUUAUAGCGUUACCAUCAUGUCAGUGCUUAAAGGUAUAUUAUCUUUAAUUAUUGAUUACAUCAAGUGUUUUUUUUCUUAAUUCAGAGUUGAUCUUAUUAAAAAAUAGAAUUUAAGUUUUUUUUAAUUUAUUUUCGAGAUAUAACAUACUAAAUUUCAGUUAUGAAUUGAUAAAAAACCAAUAUGAUUCAAAAGGAUGAAUCGAUAGAACCAAACAUACAAAUUACAUAAACACCAGGGCUUGAAAGCCUGCAUCAAAGUUGUUUCCAUGGCCUUUGGUGUUUUUUACCUUAUUGAGCUGCGCAAGAUCUGCAAAACAAAACUCCCUUCAUGAUGAUAUUUAUAAAUAAACAUGCUCCCAUGUCUAGGUCUAACUAUUAUUGUGUACGUAUGUUAUCGUUGUAUGUUAUCGUUCGGGACGUUUAAUCAUGGUUGCUGCCAAUCAUCUGCCUAAGUGCUUGUCAUCAACAUAUUGUGUUUUUGUGUAUUUAUUUGUUUGGAACAAAGCUAUGUAAACUAGAAAACAGUCCUCCAUUAAUAUAUAUGUUAUUUGAGACUGAUAUGUGGCAAAAAUGCUUAAGCCUUUAGGCAUAUAAGAUUGUUCUAUCUUUACCCAUUUUACAAACUUUGAAGUAGACUCGUGUUCACCGAACAUAUAUAACCCUUUUUACCGAAGUAUACGGACGGAGUGUAUGACGUACGGGGCACGUGCCCCCAACUAAUUUUAAAAUUUUCUUUAACAAAUGCUAUAAAUAUAUAUAUAUAAGUGCCCCCUACUCAAACAAAUUAAUCACAACAUAUUAAAAUGUCAAUCCAUAUAGUCUUCCAAAGCUAUGUUGAUCAUUCAAAGAUGUGAGGCAAAGGAGAACUGUCAACAAAAAGAUGAUCGUAAUCAGAACAGAAAAAGCUCUCAUUCUCAAGGGUCGGUGACUUUGGCUCCAUAGAGUCUACUGAUGACGCCUUGCAAUGCGAAGAUAUCCAUUGUGCACAAGGAGCAGGCUUAUCGCCAACGCAACAGCAGCACUGCAUACAUUCAUGCUGAUCUACAUACUACAUAGUACACUACUUGCCGUAUCUAAAGGGAAGUUUAGACAGUUGUAUAGGAGACUUGAGCACCAAGUUAACUCAUUUAAUACUCUUUUUCCAUAAAUCCUUUAAAGAUAAAGAGACAAUUAAUUACCAGAUGACAAUGAGUUGCAUUAGGAAUUGAUCGAAAGGGAGAAUUCAAGCAAAGGUGUCUUGGAUGUGGGUAUUCUCUACAAGCAACCAGUUCAAGAGAUUCCACCAAAUUUUCAAAACUACAACUAGAAAAAAAUAUUGAUAUAAACAAUAUAACUAAACCCUAAACUGAAACCUGGCGUUAUUGGCUUACUGCCAUCGCCAUCACUGGAGACUGAGAGGCGCUUUUUAAAGUCAAAGAAUCAAAAGGGUCGGAAAUGGGGAAGUCCUCUGACUCCUCCAUUCACUUCAUGUCUUGACUUGUGACGGAAGAAACAAAAGAGUAGCAGUCCCCUGUUUUCUCAAUUCUCUUCAUGCCUCAACUGUUUUUUUUAGACACAAUAUGCCUUUGAGACUUGAGAGGCGUUACUUCUUCUUCUCUCUCCAAUCCCAGAGUCGUUUUAAAGCGUCAAAAGUUUCUUAUUUCGUUUUAAAUGAAUUGAUUGUGUUAACUAAAAACAAUCACAUAUAAAAAUAUAAGUAUUACUAAUAAUAGAAUUUGUCUUUCAAGAACAAAAUUAAUGGCUAGGUUUUUUCUGGAUAAAUCCUAAUGAAAAGUGACAAGUUUUCAUUGGAAGAGUUGAAACAAAACCUAAAAGUUUCACAUGUCAAGAAAGGACUUGACAUCAUUGAGCCAAUGUAGACGCUCUCUGCCGGCUUUGUCGGCCAUAUAAUCAGCCAUAAACUCAGUGAUGUUUGGCUUGAUCCCUCUGAUCUCCAAAAACCUGUGGUAAGCCUUCUGUAAAUUCUCAUCCAAGUCACUGCAAAAAAAAAAAAAAAAAAAC